UAUAACUGUCCCAGGGCUAUCCCAGCUCAGCAAGCAGUUCAAAGAACUCACGACAGCUACAACUGGGCCCUGAGAUAUACUCCAAAUCGUUAAAGAAAACAAAUACAAAUGGAGAUGUAUCAAAGUGGUUAUUACUGUGAAGACGUCAGACCUCAAGAAGUCCCAUCCGGCCUGGACUUCGGAUCAUACGAUUCCCACGGAGAGGGCCCGUCUUUCUUAUUGGAUAAGAGUGGGUUGGGAUCCCAGUCCUAUUCUGAUGUGUACUGUGGAUUUACCAAGGAUCUGCACCUAUACGACUCAAAAGUUUCUCCAAAUGAUGCUUCUUUGUUUGACCUGGAUACCUACUCAGAUCCUUCGUACUGGACACAAUAUGGAUCUGGCGUAAAAAGCUUAGAGCUCAAUCAGAAUUACCAGGAGCCUGACUUCCUGAACCACGCCUACCAGACGCUUCUUCCUGUGGGUCAGAGCGUGAUGCAGAGAGAGUACAACUCACCACCUUCUGUAGGCCAGCCUUCUCCUGGAAGUGGACAGGGGUGCGGCCAGUACCUUCCCGUACAGCAGGAGACUCAGCUGGGCAGAAACAGCAGCAUGGACCAGGAACAUUUAGGCUGUGCACAGGAGCGGGAUUACUCACACUGCAGAAUGAUGUUCAAACAAGAAGAUAACCAGUCCUGGAAUGAUUACCUCUCACCUGAACACUGCCAUCUACAGGCAGACUAUGCCACAACAGCUCCUGCUGUGGCACAGCGCUGCCACCGUGUGGCUGAACAUGAAACAACAGGGUUCCCCACCCAGAGGCACUACCUGGAGUCCCGAACGAUGGGAAUGACAGCAUAUACAGGUUCUGGACCCAUUCAUCUCUGGCAGUACCUAUUAGAACUCCUACUGGAUGAGUCCUGUCAGCCUUUCAUCAGCUGGACUGGAGAUGGCUGGGAGUUCAAACUAUCAGACCCAAGCGAGGUUGCCAAGCGCUGGGGGAAAUGCAAGAACAAGCCGAAGAUGAACUACGAGAAGAUGAGCCGGGGAAUGAGGUACUACUACCACAAAAACAUCAUCCACAAAACUGGAGGCAAGCGGUACGUCUAUCGAUUCGUCUGUGAUGUGCAAAGCAUACUGGGGAAGUCUGCAGAGGAACUGCACGCCAGUCUGAACGUGAGAAGCAAACUGGCCUCCAGUCCUCAGCACUAGUGACACUGUGAAGAGAGACAAGAGGAUACUGCAUCCUGAUACCACUGAGAGAGGAUUGGAUUGAUAGGACUGAAUAAACAGAGACUUAGCUGAUUGUGUGGUUAUAGCACCCUCUGCUGGUCGGAUUGUCUUGGUUCACAUGGAUGUGAUAACUGAAGGUCAGCAAGGCAUCUUCUGUUUUUGCAAACCAGGGGCUGCCAAAGCUGGCUCUUCCACAGCUGGUCUUUGUUCCAGCCCUGUUCUAAAUGGUUCAAUUGAACCAAUUACACCUCCAUUCAAACCCUGACAAAGGUAAUUUUACCUGUUAAACAAACUGGAGUGGAAUUUCCCUCCAGGACCGGGAUUGGUCACCCCUGUUGUAAACGGACGGAACCUUCGAGGACCAAUUCUUUCUUUCUUUUUUUUUCUUUUUUUUUUUACUAGUUCUCUCAAGGCCUUCAAUCAAUAAAUAUUAAAAAAUAAAUAAUAAUAAUAAAAAACUGUACAUUUUUAUAGUGUAGUGAAUGUAGCCAUUGCUUGAAGGACCAAAGAAACAGAUUCAGAUAUGGACAGACAAGACAGCAAACAUUCCCAGCCUGAAUUGUUUCACACCAGAAUGAAGUAACACAUGGGGCUCAAAGCAGAUAAGACACUCUAUUGGUUCUACACCUAUGCUACCUCUAUUCCAUAAUGUAUUUUCCUGAGUGCCAAUCAUUCAGCAUCGUGGUGCAGCAUGCACUCCAUAGAAAAGUGCUACAACCUUAAAACAUUUUCAAUUCUGCAUGCAGAGGAUUUUACAACACAAUGCAAGACAAGAACAUAAGAAAAUAUAUGAACAAGAGAAGGCCAUUUGGGCCCAUCUAAGCUUGUCUGUUCCCUAGUAGCUGAUUGGUCUCAGAACUUUAUCAAGUUGGGUCUUAAAGGUUACAAAUUUAUUCUGCGUCAGCAACAUGUCUGGGUAGCCCAUUCCAUACCCUCGCCACUCUCUGUGUGAAGAAGUGUCUCCUUCCCGCUGUCCUGUGUCUAUCUCUACCUAAUUAACAACUGUGCUCUGGUUUCUGUACUGCGCUUAAAGUAUUUGUUACAGGCUAAAAAGAUUAUGUUAUUUUAGCCUAAGAAACCCUUUAUUAAAAUAAGAAAUAUUGUUUUAUAUUACUUUAGCUGUCAUGUUUUGAAAUGUAAUUUAAAUAUAGUGAAUAAAUGUAGUUAUCUGUAAAUAAAUUACAGUAUUCAAGUGAUUUUUUUUUUUUCUCCCCAUUGGUUCAAAUAAGGUGAUGAAGUGAAUUGUUAUUUGUUUGGUGAGUACAAAAACAAAUGACAAAUCAUUUAAUUUGGUAUGUGUUAAAACGUCUAAUAAAUGAAUUUAGAAAAAAAAAAAUGGUUAGCUUGAUAAAAAUACAGAACAUUUUGUGAUGACUCGAACCCUGUUUAUAAACCUAAACAGAUUUUUUAGAAACUUGUACCGGAGCACAAGGAAACAGGAGGUCUCUACAACCAAUUGUCUGACAAAUAUAGAAAUACAAAUUGCACACAUAUUAAAGAACAAGUAUAUUUAGAGUAUUUUAUGUUGUUUGUAUUCAGAGUGAUUCUGGGUCUUGUUGCUCUAAAACUGAGUUGUUAGAGUUUUGUUUCUAAGUCUGCCUUUACCUGGAUUUGAGCUUGUGUAACAGACGUAAAAUGUUUGUAUUUAAGUAUAUUGUUAGAUUCUGCUGCAAAUCAGUAGUUUGGGGUUUAGAGACACCUGCUGGUGGAAUAUGUAUAUUACAUAUGCCACUGACUGGAAUGUACCAAAGAAAAGGGGUUAGUUUAUGAACGAAGUACUUGAUGUACAUAAUAUGUUAACAGUUUUUAGAGUGUCUCACUAACGAAACAGGGCUUUAAAAAUGUAUUGUUGUAAAUGAGUGGGUUUUUGAAUUGUGUAGUAGCAUAUUAUUUUUUAUUGAUUUUAUUUUAGUUCACUCUACCUCCCCUGUAGUUGUGUGUGCCUUCAUGUCCAGUCACUUUUAUAUGUUUCCACCGGUCAGAACACAAGCAAACCUGGUGGCUGUGAUUUAUUGCUGCCGGGGAUUUCUGUCUGUUGUGCGAAAAGAGACCUGUGAAUGGGGACAGACAACCGGGUUGAAGACCGUGAGACGUUACACUUGCCUGGAGAAUCCUAAAUGCUGGCACAAAACAGCCUUCUUUAUUUGAUGUGACAUUGUUAUGAUAUAAAGUGCUAUGAAGGGCAGUGUUGGCUUGCAUUCUGGAACAUUCAGUAUGGAAGCAAUGUGCUCAGCAAGCGGACAGCACAGUCAUUUAUUAUACAAAAAUAAAAUAAAGAAACUUAUGGAUUACUUGUUUAAUAAUUCUGAUUGUGUGUUUAAUAAUUAAUAUUCACU